GAAACCCUAUAUAAACCGCACUCAGCAGCUUCUCCGCCUCUCCUCUGCUAGAGCCACCAAUUCAACGUCUCUCCAGCUUCGACAAGGCAGAAGGUGCAGCCACCAUGGUGAAGUACUCUAGAGAGCCUGAUAACCCCACCAAAUCUUGCAAGGCAAGGGGCUCUGACCUCAGAGUUCACUUCAAGAAUACAAGAGAGACAGCGUUUGCUCUAAGGAAGUUGCCUCUGGUCAAGGCCAAGAGGUAUUUGGAAGAUGUUAUGGCUCACAAACAGGCCAUUCCAUUCCGACGUUUCUGUGGUGGAGUUGGGCGCACUGCACAAGCAAAGAACAGGCACUCUAACGGACAAGGACGAUGGCCCGCCAAGUCUGCCAAGUUCAUCCUGGAUUUGCUCAAGAAUGCCGAGAGCAAUGCUGAGGUCAAGGGUUUGGAUGUGGAUGCACUCUACAUUUCUCACAUCCAGGUGAAUCAGGCACAGAAGCAGAGACGUCGUACUUAUCGGGCGCAUGGAAGAAUUAAUCCUUACAUGUCCAGCCCUUGCCACAUUGAGUUGACUUUAUCUGAAAAGGAAGAGCCAGUUAAGAAAGAGCCUGAGACCCAGCUAGCAACCAGCAAGUCAAAGAAGUCUCAAUCUUCCUCCUGAGUGGCGAUCUUAGUUCAGUGUGGAUCCCCUUUUGAUUUCUGUGUUUUUUCCUUAAGGAUUUUGUUGCGUAUCUUAUAGAAUGAUCAGAUUUUUAGAUGUAUUGGACAUCUCGUAUGUUGAUUUCGAAUUAUGUUUAGUUCUUUGUUCUAUGAGAAAUGUCUUGGCGAGUUUAUUUGAAGUC